AUGACCGCACCCGGAAACUUGCGGUUUGUGAAGCUGUUCAAUGUCGAAGAUGUCGCAAGUUUGCUGGCGCAUUUUGCAGGACCCAGUUCCUUGAGGCGCUUCCGUGGCACCUUUCCAGCCGCUGCUCAAUGGACCAGAGAGGCCUUACCAUUGCUCAGCACAAAAUGUGCUGGAUCAAUCUAUGUGUGCGGCGGCUACUGCGGAGCGCUGAAGCUCCGUUCGGCGGAGCGCUUUGACGUUCUGGAAGAAAGCUGGGAGAAACUUCCCAUGAUGCUGGAGGUUCGCUCCGGGCCUGCUGCAGCAUCUUUGGAAGGUGAUUUCUACGUCUUUGGCACCAAUUCCAAAAUGGGGAUUGCCACAGCGGAGCGUUAUGUGCCUCCCUUCGGGCGCUGGGAGGAAUUGCCUCUGAUGCUGCAGGGCAGAGAGCGUCCCGCCGCAGUGACGCUGGGAGGAAGUCUCUAUGUCUGCGGAGGUCUGGAGAAGGAAACCGAGAUUUUCGCCCUGCUUCAGUCCAUGGAACGGCUGCGUUUGGAUGGUGAAGGGGUUUGGGAGGCUCAGCCAAUGAUGUUGGAGCCUCGUGACAGUCCUGCAGCAGCUUCCCUUGGAAGAAACCUGUACAUAUGUGGUGGCGAUGGCCUCCAGUUCCAACCUUUGAACUCUGUGGAACGCUUCAACGUCGAUGAGCAAAUUUGGGAGGCGCUUCCUCCCAUGUUCGAACGACGCUCCGGAGCCGCUUCUGCAGCCUUGCAUGGACAGAUCUAUGUUUGUGGUGGAUCAGAUGGCGUCCGUCCCUUACGCUCUGUAGAGCGUUACGACCCUGCGACGGGUUUCUGGCACAUGGUGCCUGCCAUGCUUCAUCAGCGCUUUGCCUCUGCCGCGGCGGCAGUCGCUGGCAAACUCUACGUUUGUGGCGGGGCUGAUGACCGUGGGCAACUUGACUCGGUGGAGUGCUUUGAUCCUGUAAUGAAUUCCUGGAAGGAGGUGUCUCCUAUGCAUGCUCCAAGAAUGCGAGCCGCAGCUGCAGCUGUUUCAGAUUAG